ACCUCCCCCUUUACGCAAAGCGUCAGCUGUAAGCGUGCGCGCCGCUGUGAGGGUGUACGUGUGUUUAUUUAUCUCUAAUCCUGUGAACUAUAUUUGUGUAUAUCAACUGAUGCUGGGACUGAAACAGCGUCGAACAACAAUGAUCUGACGGAAGAGAAGGCAGAGAGGGGCAGGGAUGGCGGUGUGUGCUCUAACUGUGCUAGACGGGCUUGGGGGGGAGGCCACGGCCCUGGGCAGUGUGAUCGUCCUGUUUCUGGCCGUGGUUCUCGCUUGGCUGUCCACCCACGUAGCCGACCGCGGAGAUCACAUUCUGGGAACCAUUCUCACUGUGGGUGCCCAUGCCUCUCUUAUCGGCCUCGGGGGUCACGACAGCUACACGGGUCCUCCUUCCAGCUCAGAGUCCAGCGAGCAGCCAGACGAAGUGCCUGUGGAGGAGGAGAAACAGGAAGAGGGGGACGCCAGGCCGGAUGGGGGAGAUGAGGUGCCGGGAGAUGAGCUGCUGGACAUUCAGGGCGGAAGGAAGAAAGUGAGUUUUGUUGAAUGUGAUGAAAAGGACGAAGGGGUGGAGGAGGAAGAAGAGGAUGAUGAGGUCACCAGUAUCACAGUUCGACUGAAGUUCCUGAACGACACAGAGGAGCUUGCUGUGAUCAGACCUCAGGACACAGUUGGACUACUGAAGAGUAAAUACUUCUCUGGCCGCGAACAUCAGAUAAAGCUCAUCUUCCAGGGUCAGCUCCUUCAGGACCCCCAGCGCUCUCUCCUAUCUCUGAACAUCACCCACAACAGCGUGCUCCACUGUCACAUCUCUCAAGCCCAGAUGCUCCGCGAGGCCGCUCCAGAAGAGAACCCCCGACCUGGUGGGAUGUCCAUGUUCGGCGGGGGAUUGCGAUCUGCCGGUGUGGCUCUCAGCACAGGGAGUCUUGUCGUCCCCAUAUUUGUGGUCCUGCUCGCUGUGGUCUGGUACUUCCGAAUCAACUACCGCCAGCUCUUCACCGCGCCCGCCACCAUCUCUCUGGUCGGCGUCACAGUCUUCUUCAGUUUCCUCAUCUUUGGUAUGCACAGUCGAUGAGAUGACAGAUGAAACUAUUCCUCCGAAAAUGAUGCCAAUACUAAGGAGAAGUGUUGAGAAGGUGCGAGAAACCAGAGAAGAGCAAUAAGCAGUCAGUGGUAGCAGAGAAAGCUCUCAGGGAGCCUUUCAGGCUUCUGGUGCCAUUUCGAUGUUUGAAGUUGUGUUCAUGUGUGAUCAGAAUGUAACAUUGCUGUAUAAUUUAGCUUAUUGAAAAAUUGACCUUAUAUAAUUAUUUAAUCUCAGCCUAAACUGUACCUUCGUAUAAGAAGAGAAAUUAAGAUCAUACAUCUCAUUUAACACUCAUUUAGAGAACUUGCAGUUUUAUCAGAUGUUGUGGUUCGUCUUCACCAGUGAUGACAACACUGUUUUUCUACAUAGUUGCAAGGUCAGAAACGUUCAAAUAAUGACAAACAGCUGUGAUGCGUUAACAGGUGCUAUGAUACAAUUUGCUUUCAUUCGCUUAUUUCAUGUUUAAAGUUAAAGAAUGUUUGCAAAUAAUAUGAAAUCUGUAUAUAUUUCAAACUGUGUUUCUACAUGACAACUCUGGCACAGCAUGUCAGCUGCUAUUGCUGCACCUGUUACAGCUCAUGGUUAUUAUCAUCAUUUAUGUGUAGUUUUAUACUAUGUGAAGAUUUACAAGAGGCAAACACAAUUAGUGCUAAAUAUCUUUUACCACUAUAGUGUUUUAUUUUUCUUAAAAGCGUGGUUAAGGUCUAUCAUGACACUGGUAAAGCAAAUAAUUUGUUUUAAUGUAAAAUCUGUAUAUAAACAAUGUAUUUACUGUAGAUAAAACCAAGAGGAUUAAAAACGUUAAGAUGUGUGAUAUAGUUUGGUUACUGUAUGAGUAUCAAACUAGUCUAAUUUGUCACUUUGCUUUUGUCUUAGGGGAAAACAUGACUACCUAUUCUCACGCUUUAUAUCACAGACGAUUGUUAAAAAUGCUUAGUUUUUGUUCUGAUGAGGUAUUUCAGAAUAAAACGUCCCGUCUUUGAAAUACA